GAUAAUCCAACAGUGGAAAAUAAAACAUUCGUGAUGAAUGUUUAUGGGGUAACCUUGACUCAAAAUUGUGUUCUUAUGAUCAUAGUGUUGGUGAUAUUACCCUUCCUAGGGUUGCUUUUCUGGCUAGAAAACAAGUUAUCCAAUAACAACAGUUCCAGUGAGGAGAAUGAUUUGAAAGAACAUGUGCAGAUCAGUGAUGACAGAAACAACUACAUAUUCUCUGAACACAGUGCUUGCUCCUUCUGUGGCAGAUUAAUAAGCAACACCACAGUUUCAACAUGCUCACGCUGCAAAACUGCCAUAUAUUGCUCAAAAACAUGCAAUUUUAAGCACUGGAGGCUUUUCCAUAGAUAUGAAUGUGUUGAGAUUGAAGGGUCAGAAGAUCAACAAGAAUCACCUUCUCAUGAAUGUCUUAUCAUGGAAAAACACUCAUCAAAUGAAGUUGAAGAGAGAAUAUAUGAAGAAGAAGGUGUUUACUGUAUUGAAGGAGGAGAAAACAGUGAUGAAAGAUCAUUGAUGUGUGGAAAUAAUGGCAUUGUGAAUAAUAAUGAAGGGUGUGCAGUGUGUGGAAAUCCAAGUUCUAAAGUGUGUUCAAGAUGCAAAGCCAUAAAAUAUUGCUCAAGAACAUGCCAACAUUUCGAUUGGAGAUCAGGGCAUAAACUUCAAUGUCUUGUUGAGAUGGAAAAUUCAAAUCAGGUUGUAAAUCAUGCGAAUUCAUAUGAAGUGGAAGAUGAUGUCCAUUCAUCUAGUCCUCUUUGCUUGGAGUUUUACUCAGCAGGAAACACGAGUUCUAGGGCCCUGAUUCCAACUUCUUUGUCUCAGGAAGCAACCAAGAAUCCCCAGAAGGAGGUUGAAGAACAAUUGAGAAGCCUAAAAGAAGAAUUGAAAAAGAUCAAAGAAGAGAACAAAUGGUUACGAUCAGAGCGUGACGAAUGGGAAGUGAGAACAAGGAAUUCUAUAGAUAGACUUUACAGCUUCAGGAAAGAAAAUGAACACCAGCUUUUCAUUUUGAAGCAUGAGAAUGAAUUGAUGUCAAAUGCUGAGAAGCAAGCCACUCAAAUGGUUAACGGUUUAUCUCAAAGGGUACACUGCUUGCAGAUUGCAGUGGAAAGUGGAGUUAAAGAGAGGAAAAAACAAGAAGAAUAUAUACAUAUGCUGCAGAAGGAAUGUGCUAAGGUUAAGAUAGAGCUACAAGAAGAAAAGAAAAAUGUCAAAAAGCUUACAUUAGAGUUUGAGAAGACUAAAUUUCCUGUGAGAGUAACAGAAGACACAAGGCAGAAGUUAGUCAAUGCUUCCACUGAAAUUUCAACUGUUAAAUCCAAUGUUGCUGGUGCUGAGGUGUCGCAGCCAAUUAGUUUAAGCAGAAACCUAUCCUCUACAAGACAGGGUUGUUCGAUUUGCCUAACCAAUGAGAAGAACAUGGCCUUUGGUUGUGGACACAUGGUAAACUCAGAAAAACACUACCAUUUUUCCAUGUUUUAUUUACAUGCAAUGAUGGUUGGCAAAUGGUUCAAAUGCAGACAUGUUUGGAGUGUGGAUCAAAAAUUCGCAAGUGCCAUAUAUGUCGAAUGAAGAUUACGAAUCGUAUUAGGUUGUUUCUUGAUUAAUUGAGGGAAGAGUUAUAGCAGGCCAUUUAUGCCAUCACGUGUGUUUCUGCAACAACAUUAAAGAGACAUGUUUUUGUUUUUCACUUCGGCUACAUAUGUUUUGCAAUAAUAGCAAAUCUUGACCAUUACAUUUUACAAUGACAGUCAAGAUUAUUGAUAAAUAAAGGUCAUUUGACCAUGUGUAUAUUAUAUGUGCUCUGUGUGAAUAUAUCAAAUUCUGUGGACAGUAAUAUUUUGUUGA